GAAAGGCCUUUUUCUUUUCAUUUUAGGGUUUUGUUCAAUGGCUAAGGUUUAGCAUGCAGAAGUUACAGGACCCCUUGAAGCUCCGUGCAGUAUGAGUUCAGAAAGUAAAACAUUCACUAUAUGGAUGAAAUCAUUGGUGUAUCAUGCAAAUGGCUGCACUGUCUUUGAUUCCAAAGGGGAGAUUGUUUAUCGUGUCGAUAACUAUGACAGCAAAUGCAGCAGUGAAGUUUUUCUAAUGGACAGGCAAGGGAAAGUCCUCUGUACCAUACAAAGAAAGAGAUUGAGAAUUUUUGGACGUUGGGAUGGAUACAGAUUAGACACAAAGAAGCCAUGGUUUCAGGUGAGAAAAUGCAGCAGAGUUUUUAUGGGAGAUUUAGCUUGUGAAGUUACAGUGGGGCAUUGCAAGUACUGGAUAGUUAGCUUGGCUCACAAGGCAUCAUUUCGGAUUGUAGACAUAGAUGGGGAUGUUGUUGCAGAGGUAAAGCAGAAGCAAGUUUGUUCAGGAAUCAUGCUGGGAGAUGAUGUAUUAAGUUUGGAGAUGAAGCCCCAUUUUGACCAUUCCCUCAUCAUGGCUCUAGUCACAGUCAAUGGAUUGAUUAAUGGGAAAAUGUAGAUGUUCUUCUCCAAUCUUUAGAGAUGCUGGGAAUUUUUGCCUUUUUUUUGAAAGAUUUGCUUACAAGAAAUUAUAAUUAAGAAAAAGGUAUUAGAAUG